UUCAUGCGUAGUCAAAAUUUGCUCUCCGGACAAUUAUAUCGUUACAACAAAUGUUGAGAAGUGUUGCUAUUUUACAUUUUUUGCUUGUGACCCAAGUGGUUAGUUAACUUACUGUUUUGUGGUUCCGUUUUUGAUUUUCAAGAUUUUUCGUGUGAGUUUUGCGUGUACAUUUUACCAUGGGAGUGCACGGACUGUGGAGGCUGCUGGAGAGCACAGGGAAACCCAUUAACCCCGAGACACUAGAGGGAAAGAUUCUUGCUGUUGACAUUAGUAUAUGGCUGAACCAAGCGGUGAAAGGGGUGAGGGACCGUGAAGGUAACAGUGUCCAGAACGCCCAUCUCCUCACUCUCUUCCACCGCAUCUGUAAGCUGCUUUUCUUCCGCAUCAGGCCAGUCUUUGUGUUUGAUGGGGAUGCACCACUGCUGAAGAAGCAGACUCUGGCUUUGAGGAGGCAGAGGAAGGAGGAGUUCAGCCGGGAGUCCAGACAGACCAAUGAGAAACUCCUAAAGACAUUUCUGAAGAGACAAGCUAUCAAAGCUGCACUUGGAGACAGCAGUAAGGAUCCUCUACCCAGCCUCUCUAGUGUGAGGAGAGAUGAGGUGGAUGACAUGUAUGUUCUUCCGGCCCUACCAGUGGCAGAGGAGAAUGACAAAAGCAGUUCAGAGGAGGAGGAAGAGAAAGAGUGGGAGGACAUGGUUGACAGUUUUUACACAUACCAGGGGGAAUCGUAUGAAGACCCAAACACAGUUGACAUCAAUUCAGAGGAGUUUGCCAGCCUGCCUCCUGAAAUGAAACAUGAGAUACUCAAAGAAAUGAAAGAGUUUUCUAAAAGACGCCGGACAAUGUACCACAAACCACCAGAGCAAUCGGGAGACUUUUCCCAGUACCAGCUGGCCGGCCUACUGCAGAGGAACCGACUGAACCAGCGUCUGGAAGGUGUGGAGAAGGAGAUGAACCAGCGGAGUGCUGGCAGCGCCCCACACCUCUGCCAACCCGACGGGGACCAGCAGAAUCACAGCGUAGAGUCACAACGACUGGUUUCAGAAGACCAUUCCCACUAUAUCCUUAUUAAAGGCUCCGCAAAGAAUGAGACCGCCCCUGAGAGCCAACAUGCAGCUGCACCCUGGUCAGGCUGCAAAAGAGGAGCAGCAGACAGACCCAAGCCCCUGUGGCGUCCUGUUUGUGAGGAAGAGGAGGACAAGAAGGGUACCUCCUCCAAAAACUCCAUAUCCUCUGUAUCAAAACAGUCCGAGGGAGACACAUCACCACCCUCACCUCGUACACUCAAGGCAAUCCAGUCUGCGUUGAACAACAGCUCAGAUGAGGAGAUGCAUGACCAGGAUAAGAAGGAUGGAAGUGUGUCCCCACAAACCCUGCUGGCAAUCCAACAAGUCCUGGCUGAGGAAGAAGACACUGCAGCUGAACACAGGACUCUAAUCAGUAGCUCAGCCACCAAACUGCCUGCACAUAUUCAUCAUUCUGCGCCACAAGUGGUCAUCAGCAGCUCAGAGGAAGAGACAGAAUCUGAUAUGAACUCUUUACCUAAUGAAAAAUUAGACAUUAGGGAGAAUCCAAUAGACCAAACAUUACAUGUGAAAGAUUAUCUAUUUGUUAGUAGUUCUGAAGAUGAGAUGGAGGAAGUGGUUGGUCAGAGAAAUAAAGCAUUUCGCUUUGCAGCACUGCAACAACCUCAUGAGAGAGAGACGGAUUCAAAGGGGGGGACAGAAAAAGGUAAGCUGAGAGAGGAUAUAAGGACAGGAAGUAGAGGACAGGCAGAGAAACAAGAAGAGCUGGAGAAAAAAGAAUCAGAGCACAGGCUGAGCACAAAGAACAGAGAGCUGAUCCAAACACAGGGUGCCACUGCUUCCAGUCAAAACACACAGCUGUGUGGGAAACCUCUCAGUCCGGAGAGAAAGACCAAAACUCAUCAUUUACUACCAGAGCAGAGGAGUAAUGAGCCCAUCAGAGCCCUAGAGCAAAGAAAAGGAGAUGGUGUGAAGUCAGAAGACAGUGGGGAAAGCGAGUCAGAAGAGAGCUUCAUUGAGGUCUCAGAAGAUGAAUUUAAACAGGAGGGUGCCAGUGAUGCACUUGUAAUAAUUAAAGAGAAAGGAUCUCCCACUGAAGUCCAGGACGAUGUGACCAAGAAGAAGGAAAAACCAGAGGAAAGUUGGACUGAGGCACCAGCUGCUGCUGCUCGGAAAUUAGAGGAAGAAGAGGACAAAACAGGGCUGACUGAAGAGAAAGAGCUGACGGAGGGAACACAAUCCAGUUCAGUUCCAGCAUUCAAUGAAUGGGAAGACCUGGAAGUGGAUGAGCUGGAGGCUAUGGAGAGCUCUCUGCAGCUGGAGCAGAACAACCUCAGGGAGCAGAAACAGCAGCAAGAGAGAAUGGCAAACACAGUCACUGGACAGAUGUGCCUGGAGAGCCAGGAGCUGCUGCAGCUCUUCGGUGUGCCGUUCCUAGUGGCUCCGAUGGAGGCUGAGGCCCAGUGUGCAGCACUCGACCGUGCUGACCAGACUCACGGGACCAUCACAGACGACUCGGACGUGUGGCUGUUUGGAGGGCGACAUGUAUACAAAAAUUUCUUCAGCCAGAACAAAUAUGUUGAACACUACGACUACAGUGACCUGCAGAACCAACUGGGUCUUGACAGAGCUAAACUGAUAAAUCUCGCUUACCUGCUCGGAAGUGACUACACAGAGGGCGUGCCAGGGGUUGGAUGUGUGACUGGCAUGGAGAUACUGAAUGAAUUCCCAGGACCAGGGCUGGAGCCCCUUAAACAAUUCAGUAAAUGGUGGUCAGAGGCUCAGGAGAAAAAGCACCUGGUGGCUGAUCCUCGGGACACAAAGGUUAAGAAGAAACUGAGGGACCUCCGACUGCAGCCUGGGUUCCCCAACCCUGCGGUGGUUCAGGCUUACUUGGAACCAGCUGUGGACCAGUCAGACAGCUCAUUCAGCUGGGGACACCCUCAACUUGACAUGAUUAAAGAUUUCUGUCUGAGUCAUUUCGGCUGGAGCAGCCAGAAGACAGAGGAGACUCUUCGGCCUGUCAUUAAACAGCUCAGCACCCAGCAGACUCAGCUUCGGAUCGACUCGUUCUUCCGCAUGGAGCAACAGGAAAAGAAGAUGCUUCGCAGCCAGCGACUCCGCCGAGCAGUCACCUGCCUCAAGAGGAAGGAGAGAGAGGGAGGAGAGGAGAAAGAGGAGGACAGUGAGGUGGAAAUGCAUUCCCCAUCCAAAUCUAAGAAAGGAAAAACAGCAAGCAAGAAGCCAAAGAAAGGAGGAGCAGAGAAAGAAGAGGAGAGGUCUAUGGUGGGAGGAGGAUUUCUGGCUUCAGAGGUAAUUGUUGAAUGUCCUGUUACACUAUCUCUCAAGGAUGCGAGCAGCACCAGCCAAGAGUUCCACUCAGUAAAGGCUGAUACUCAGUCUACCAAGACUGUACCUCUGAGGGUCACUAAGAGCAACAGCAGCAGCUCUGGUGAGGACAGUGAUGGUGGCGGUGAGGUUGCCAUGGUUACAGCCCGAUCUGUGUUUGAAAGCAGCCGACGAGGCCACAGAGUGAAAAGCACAAGAGGGAGAAGAAGCACAUCAGGACAGGGAAGGGGCAAGAAGUUGUGAGGGGAAAUUAACUGAACUUUGAACCUAACAUAAAUUGUCUUAGCAACUAUAAUGUUAAUAUUGGGAUACUGUAUUUGAUAUUUAUAUGGGAAUUGU